GACAAAAAAAACUUGUAUCUUCUUUGCUUUUUCCUUCACCGAUCUGUAUUGCCGAGUGUCGCCGAUUCCCCAAAAUCUUCCCUCCGUUGCUGAUCAUAAGCACGCCGUUUCCAAUCGAAAUUCUCCGUGUUAUUUCAUCGUCUCUGCCAUCUUCACUGUCUCGCGUCGCCGUGUUCGAUUGAGUUUGGAGUUCUCUCUCUCUGGUCUAAAAGAAAUCGUGGAGAGUCCAAUGGAUCCGCAGACGCAGAACACUUCGUUGCAGCGACUCCAGAAUGUUGAGAAUGUGAAAUUUUGGAAAACUCACUCUUUCCUUAGAGAUUUUAUUGGACGAUUUGAUGUGAAUGUGUUUUUGUGUUUUUAUUUUUGGUUUUCCGGGCAGAGAGUUGUUAAGGUUUUGGAACUAGCUGGUGGAGUGAUGGAAGAACUCGCGAGCCCUUCUGGUCCCAAGAAAGAGUUCGUCAACAGCCAUUGCCGAGAGUUUAUGCAAUCUAUGAAGGAUAUACAAGUGACACUAAGGGAAGAGAUCAAAAGCGCUUGCGAGUACCGUCCCUUUGAGAAAUGCGAUUACAACGCGAGAAUAGCCAAUGAGAUCUGCUUCCAGAAGCUUGAAUAUGUUCUCACGCAGCUUGAAGAUCUGAAACAAACUGCUGACCGGUAUCCUUCUUCUGAUUGAUAUUGGUAUUCAUAAAAAGGUUACUUGAAGAACUAUACUAAACCAUCGGUUGUGAUAUAGUUUCCAGAUGAGUUGUAGACUUGUAGGUUAUCCCAUUAAAGUAUGUCCGGUUUUUACGAAUGAGUGGCUUGUUGCAAAAGUAAGAUAUUAUCCUACUUACUAUAUUAGAUUUUGCAAAAAGAUUAGGUGAUUUUGGUUAGAACAUUCACUUGCAAUGAAUCUGUUCCAAGAAUAUUAGAUACAUUACAUCCACUGGGAGUUAUCAAUUUCAGCUUAUGGAGAAAUCGAACCAAUUUUGGGCCAGAGAGAAACGGACCAAUUUUAUUGCGGUUUAAUGUA